UGUCUCGGACGAUGAUAGCAUGCUAUGAUACUCUCGUCAGUCUUGGUUUGUUGCAAGGACAGCGAGCUGCGAGGGUGCCAACUCGCUAUCCAAAUAUUCGAAUAAUCUGCAUCUGUGUUACCUCAUGUCCUGAGCUUGUCUGCAUUCGUCCGUACCAACACCAUGUCACGCAGGCAUGAAGCUAGGAGGCUCAUCAAUCUAUUGAGAGUGUUUCUGAAGGCAUUGGCUCGAUAUGUUGCUUUCCCGUUACGACUCAUACAUCGUCUGUUUCAUACCCUUUUGCAACUAUAUCGUAGGCGCCAGUUCCUACCCACUCAAAGGGACGGACACCUAGAGCGAGUUGCUGGCUCAAUCCUGCCUCCCAUCCUUCCUGUGAGCAACCAUACUCAACUACAGGUGCCACCGCUAUCAGGGACCGCGGCCAAUUCAUCGGUCUCAUUAUUGUCUCCUGCAACAUCAGCUAAUCAUGGCCAGCAACUGCGUCCUGCAGCUCCAAUCCUCCCCCAGUGUCAUCCAGUGUUUAGGGCAACCACGCCCUCCCAGGUGAUGCGAUACAAUAAAAACCCUCAAAUCAAGCGUGAAGUCAAACUUGUGAAUAUUCCUGCUGGAAAGAGAGACUAUUCAGAUUUAGAAGACAGCGGUGACUGGUGUGCCCGUGUACACCCCGAAGGAGCCCUAUACUUUCAUGACUCCGUUCGCGGUAUUUACACUGACUCAAACAUGCGGAAUGAAACACGCCGAUCUAGCAUGGCCUCGUGUAUCGACGAGUUGCUCGCUCUGAUGGCUUCACGUUGUGGAUUGCAGCUGCAUAGUGGUGGCAUCGAGCUCGUGGUGGAGUUGACAAGGAAUCCGAAUCAUCAUAGGGUGUGCAGGUACUAUUUCGUCGAUCAUCCCAACCGUCUACUUUUCUGGCUUGAUGAGAUGCCCACGGCAAGGAUCUUUGAUGGAGUUCUGGGAGUCGAGAAGUGGAGCCACAUCAAGUAUGCUAUCCAACAUCAGUACUGGCAACACUGCGAACUGUAUCCCAGUGACAAGCUGCCAGGCCGUCAGUUACUCAAGGAACUCAAGGAAGUCGUUAUGCAUGCUAGCGCUGAGAUUAUUACAACGGACUUAUCGCUGUCGCCCUUCGACGCUGAUGAAUUAUCGAAAAUUCUAGAUUUGAUCGAUCGACUUGAAAAUGACGUCCAGGGUGCCCAUUAUACAUGUGUCAUAGCCCGUUUAAACGCGGACCAGUCUCUUUUCGUCAAGGAGAAAAAGUCAAAGUUUUUAGUGGCUUUGUCAUGGGCCGUUAACGUCGCACUGUUCGAUGCCCCGCGGUCACACAUGGAAGAACUCCGACGAGUGUGGGUCGACCGGAGCAUCAACUCUCCGCGCUGGAAGAACUUUAACAGCAAGCUGAGCAGUGAGUGGUCGGGCAUCACAAUGUAUUCAACUGUAAUGGUAGCAGUGGAUGUCAGUUUCCUAGCUGUGCCUUCCGUAAAUCCCCAGAAUACGGGUUCGGUCACGGUUAUCAGCACGUACAUUUCCUUGUUUUGCAUCGUCGGAUCGUUGGUCGUGUCCUUGUUUCUCACUAGACAGAAUCGGAUGUAUGGGCAGGAAUCUGCCGACGCAGCGGUCGUAUUCCUCACGCGCGUAACAGGAUCUAUAUUCGGCACUAAAUCGCUCGCGACUGUGCACGGUCUUCCGUAUGCUAUGCUGCUGUGGGGCAUGGUGUAUUUCAUAAUUGCGUUCUCGUACCAGGUCUUCACGUCCACGCCCAUCAUCACUCUCGCGACCACCGGGAGUGCAUGUGGCAUUGUGGCGCUUUUCACCCUGUGGCUCGUAAGCGCGGCGAGGGAAUUCCAUAUUUUGCCGUGGUUGCAGGCGCAUUUCAAAGAGAAAUGUCGGAUGCUUAAUCGGAUACGAUUUGGGCCACAGCCUUGAUAGUGACUCGGUCGAGUUACAUUCCGAACAAUCGUUCGGUGUAUUAUUAAUAUGCAUAUCAGACAUCCCGAAAUGCAUUACUGCUACUUAUGUUGUUAGACCUUAUAAUUGCACCUACAUUUACACGAUGAUAGCGGUAUUGAUGAUCCUGCCUGUGUUUAUUCGACACUGUUGCUCGCGUCUACGAUAUUCCAUGCCAAAAUGGCCAAGGAACUUGGAUAAGUAUGUGCAUAUUGGCACAAACGAUGCAUGUCUCAUUCAUUCAACCCCGGAGACAUUUUGACAACUAUCGGAGUCGUAUUUCGCCUGAAAUGACAUUCCCAAGAAUGCG